AGUUGGGUGGAUGCAGAGAUCAGAUGAAAUCAUCAGACGUCUGUGCAUCACACUGGGGGUGGGGUGCUAGUGGGUGGUGGACGUGACAUUUUUUAGCCUACUACCACGGAUUUAUUAUACAGGCGCCUCCGCCCUCCAAUCCAUGGGCUGCUCUGCCAGACUGGCGCUCCCACCCGGCCCUCACUGUUGGAGAGGCAGUUGGGCCUUCUGGCUUCCUGGUCCUGAGCUCCGCCUCGCCUCGAUCUGGCCGGACAGGGGAAAACACUUCUCAGUUAUAGAACAAAAGCAACAACGGAGGAACCGAGGAGGACGAAGUAACAGCGACUCGAAUUCGUGCCUGAAUCUCAGGGACUGAGAGAUUUGUGUUCUCCGCGGCAAGAAUUAGUCGACGACUGAACUCAUAAGGAAGGCGACAAACUUGGUCGCAUCGUAUUUCGUAUCACGAUCGUAAUCCGUCGAGGUGCUUAAGACAGGGGUCAAACAGACACACGGACCAUAUUCCUCGGUCUUCAACUAAACUUCGGCCAUAAGAAGCGGAGUGCCUGGAGGGAAAGUCCGGGGUUCUUUUGCUUUCUUCUCGCCCAAACGGACCUCGGGUAUAAAGGGCUGUUUUGGCAUUUUCGGUGAAAGAACCUAUUUUGAUAUCCCAGAUGGCAACCUACCGUGAACACAAUGGCAGAAAUGGACUACUUAUGGCUAUGAAGGAGCCUUUUGAAGGGAAAGUAAGAAAGAAAGAAUGUGAAGGAAAGCUUGAAGCUAAACAGUUCUCCAAGGAUUUGCACCAUUCUGCCAGCUCAGCUGAAAGCAACGUAAGUGGUGUGGCUAGUUUCACCACUAAUCACAACUCUGUUGUGUGCCUGCCUCUGGUGUCAGAGGGACUGAAACUGGUAUGGACACAGUCAGAUCAGACCCGUGAACUUGACUCAAUCCCAGAGCUAGUUCGAGCCUUUAAUUUAUUUCCAUACCCAUCAUCCCGUGAGGUUAACACCUUGGCCCGGGUAUGUGCCUUGCCACUGGACAAAGUUAAGGUGUGGUUUAUGGUGCAGAGAAUUAAAUAUGGUAUUAGCUGGUCCUCAGAGGAAAUAGAGGAGACACGGCGGAAGCUGGCAGUACCUGAGCUUUAUGAUGACUCUGCUGAAACAAAUGAGGAAACCAAAAUGAGUUGCAAGAGCACAAUUGGUGAUGAAGUGUUAAAAGAGGAUAAGGAGAAGAAUGAAGUGGAGGGUGCCUUCUCCAGCUUCACCCCCCAGAAGACAAAACCAAAGUGUGAGCCACCAGCGUCCUAUAAACCAGCUAAACCCACAGCCCCAUGUUUCAGUUCCACCCUUCCACCUCCUCAGGAUUCAUAUUUCUACCGCCCACCAGCAGCAAGUAGAGCAAAUGAGGUUUCACUGGACCUUUCAGAGUCAUCUUCACGACAGCACCGUCAUGGGCGCUACAAAAAGUCUAAGGCUCAGCUCGCUGCUCUUAGAAAGAGCUUUCUGAGAGAGAACUGGCCUGCAGAAGCAGAGCUAAGACGUCUGCAAGAGGAAACUGGACUGACCCGCAAUGACAUUCGUAAAUGGUUCAGUGACAGCCGUUACCAGCUUAGGGUUGGCCGAGGAAGCCUGGCAGCAGCCCAGGGCUAUUCUCAACACACUGCUGUGGGAGGUAAACAUGAUCAACAAAGUCAACCUCUUCCACUUAUCACUCAAAAGCCCCAUCAGUUUAGCAGCAUGAAGGGCCAGGAGGGAGGUCGUAGAAAUAGGAUUAGAAAGACACAUUUCUUUCAGACCUUUUUGUCAAACAGCCUGGAAGCAUUUGGGGAGAAAGCCCUUGAGGCAGAAGGGUGUGAUGUUAUAGAGGAGCUUUCUGGUGAUGGGGACAGUUUUAAAGAUGAAGAACAAUGUGAAGAACAACCCUUACAACUGACCAAGACCUGCAAAAUUGAGCCAGAUGUUCCACAGGAACCAUCAGGUAUUGUAAAAUCCUCUCCCUACUCUUCCCCUUCUGGCAGUCCGUCACUCACUGCCUCACCUACUGAACCCCUUUCAAACAGCAUCAGCACACCAACAAAGUCUGCCCAGUCAGCCAAAGCCUGUCCCUCACAAACACCCUUGCAUGUCUCAGGGGCUUCCUCAUCCAAAUCCAAAUCCCCUGCCCUCACUCCUGCAGGGCGACCAAGAAAGACCAAGGAGCAGUUGGAUGUGUUAAAGCAGCACUUCUUACGCUGCCAGUGGCCCAAGAGUGAAGAUUACACUGAACUAGUUAAGCUUACAGGUCUACCCCGCGCAGAUGUUAUUCAGUGGUUUGGUGACACACGGUAUGCUGUUAAAAAUGGCCAGCUGCGCUGGGUAAAAGGGGUCCGUGACCAGUUCUUGGCAGACCUUGCUGGCCAGCAAGGUAACAGUGGUUUAACUAAUGGAAGUAGCUCUGGGACCUCUCCUCGGGUUGGGGGUAGCCGCAAACGAAAAUCUCAAGGAAAUGGAACAAGUACAGAUUUCCCUGAUACCCAGCCACUGGUAACAUAUUACCUUUCAACAGGCUCACUACAUGAAAAAGACCUUGACACUCUAUGCAAGAAAUCAAGAAUGAGCUAUCAGCAAGUGAGAGACUGGUUUGCAACUCAGGAUGUUGGGGAGGUUGACCAGGAGCAUAUUACUGAUGGAGACACUGGAAUCAGACUCGAGAACAUUUAAAAAAGUAGGCAGAGUGCUCCUCACAUCUUUUGCACCAACAAGCAUAGUUAUUACUUUGGUUUAAAUUGCUUUAAUUGAGGCA